AAAAUUAAUUCGGAUCGCAGUUUCAGGUAACGGGAAAACGCGUGUAAAGUUGCUUCUCGAAUUAUUUUUUGGUGGUUAAACAGUGAACUGUUGUUAAUUUCCUGUUUCUAAUAUUUUCUAAACCUUCGGUUGUCCAAAUGUCGAAGCGUCGAAUCGAAGUUAUGGACCCUUUCAUCAAGAAAAGAAGACAGGAAAAAGGAAUGCUGGACGCCGGUGCUUCUACGAGUGGUGCCGGCACCAGUGGAUCAACGGGAUCUAGCGCAGCUGCUUCGGGAAAAGUUAACCCCCUCAAUGGAGUUCCUUAUUCACAGAACUACUACAAUUUGUAUAAGAAACGGAUCACACUUCCGGUGUUUGAAUAUCGAACAGAUUUCAUGAGACUGCUUUCUGAUCAUCAAUGCAUUGUACUGGUCGGUGAAACAGGAUCCGGUAAAACAACACAAAUUCCCCAAUGGUGUGUCGAUUAUGCCCGUUCAGUCGGAGCGAAAGGAGUGGCCUGUACCCAACCCCGUCGAGUAGCCGCAAUGUCCGUGGCUCAGCGCGUUUCGGAAGAAAUGGAUUGCGUGCUUGGUCAAGAAGUUGGUUACAGUAUUCGUUUUGAAGAUUGCUCUUCACCACGAACAAUUUUAAAGUACAUGACAGAUGGUAUGUUGCUGCGCGAAGGUAUGAGCGAUCCCAUGCUUGAGGCUUACCAGGUGAUUUUACUCGACGAAGCUCACGAACGCACAUUAGCAACGGAUCUUUUAAUGGGUGUCCUGAAAGAAGUUAUCCGUCAACGCAAAGAUCUGAAGUUGGUUAUUAUGUCUGCAACAUUGGAUGCUGGAAAGUUUCAGCAGUACUUCGACAAUGCACCGUUGAUGAAUGUACCGGGUCGAACGCAUCCAGUAGAAAUAUUCUACACCCCGGAGCCGGAGCGGGAUUAUCUGGAGGCGGCUAUACGUACCGUCGUCCAAAUUCACAUGUGCGAAGAAGUUGAGGGCGACGUAUUGAUGUUCCUCACUGGUCAGGAAGAAAUUGAAGAAGCAUGCAAACGCGUAAAGCGUGACAUUGACAAUUUAGGACCAGAUGUGGGUGAACUAAAAUGCAUUCCUUUGUACUCUACACUGCCACCCAACAUGCAGCAAAAAAUUUUCGAACCGGCUCCACCAAAGAAGGCAAACGGUGCCAUCGGUCGAAAAGUUGUUAUCUCGACCAACAUUGCUGAAACAUCACUAACUAUUGACGGAGUGGUAUUUGUGAUCGAUCCUGGAUUUUCUAAGCAGAAGGUCUAUAACCCUCGCAUCAGAGUAGAAAGUUUAUUAGUUUCUCCUAUUAGUAAGGCUUCUGCCCAACAACGCGCUGGUCGUGCAGGACGUACUAGACCAGGUAAAUGUUUCCGCCUGUACACUGAAAAAGCAUAUAAAACCGAAAUGCAGGACAAUACUUAUCCCGAAAUUUUAAGAUCGAACCUAGGAACUGUUGUACUUCAGCUCAAAAAGCUAGGAAUCGACGAUUUGGUUCAUUUUGAUUUCAUGGAUCCCCCGGCUCCGGAAACACUAAUGAGGGCUUUGGAACUUCUCAACUAUUUGGCUGCGUUAGACGACGAUGGAAAUUUAACUGAUUUGGGUGCAAUUAUGGCAGAAUUUCCACUGGAUCCACAGCUAGCCAAAAUGUUGAUUGCCAGUUGCCAGCACAACUGUUCUAACGAGAUCCUAUCCAUCACUGCUAUGUUGUCGGUCCCGCAGUGUUUCGUACGUCCAAACGAGAUGAAAAAGGCCGCCGAUGAUGCUAAAAAGCGCUUUGCCCAUUUGGACGGAGACCAUCUGACGCUGUUGAACGUCUAUCAUGCCUUCAAGCAGAAUAAUGAAGACCCAAGCUGGUGUUAUGAUAAUUUCAUCAACUAUCGUUCGCUGAAAUCUGCCGACAAUGUACGUCAACAGUUGGCUCGUAUCAUGGAUCGAUUCAGUCUCAAACGCUCUAGCACAGACUUCAACACCAGCAAUUACUACUUUAACAUUCGUAAGGCACUUGUACAGGGUUUCUUUAUGCAGGUUGCAUAUUUGGAACAAACGAAGCAUUAUGUUACCAUCAAGGAUAACCAGAUAGUGCAAUUGCACCCUUCGACUUGUUUGAGCCACCGCCCUCAAUGGGUCAUGUACAAUGAGUUUGUGCUCACAACAAAAAAUUAUAUUCGUACAGUAACAGACGUCAAACCUGAGUGGUUAUUGACAAUUGCACCACAAUACUACGAUAUGAAUAAUUUCCCCGAUUGUGAAGCCAGAAAUCAAUUGCAGCUGAUGUCGAAGAAAAUAGAAACCAAGCAGUUCCAGCAAGGAUUUUAAAAACGGGAGUUGUCUUUCACUUAUUCAAUGUACCUUUCACACCUUUUUUCCGCUACAGAAACCUUUUUCUGUUUUUGUAAACCCGGAUUCCACCUUCGCACUAUCCGAUAGUUGCUACAGAUAGCUAAAUAGUAGAAAAGUGAAAACAAUACAUACAUAUGUCAGAGAGUAACAGGUAACAGUUCUUCAAAGGAUAACAGCUAGCUUGACAACAUCAAUCUUUAACAAUAAAUCAUUGAAAUAAAAUAAUCACUUUGGACAAACCUA